AAACACUGACGCGUCGCCCAUCACGUCGAAGUAUAAUCUCUUCUCUAAACGUUCAUCAAUGGGUAACGCUGCUUCAGGACUCACUCCACCAGGGGGUCAGGGAAAUCAAAACCCAAAUGACAAGGACAAGAAGGAACAGCAGAAAAAGAAAUGGGAACCGCCUCUCCCUACUCGAGUUGGAAAGAAAAAGAGACGAGGUCCUUCUGCAGCUUCUAAGCUUCCACCAGUCUAUCCUACCACACGUUGCCGGCUUCGACUGUACAAACAGGAGCGAAUAAAGGACUAUCUGCUACUCGAGGAGGAAUUCAUACAGAAUCAGGAGCGUGUCAAACCCGAGACCUCACUUGAGGAGAAGAAUGAAGAAGAUCGCUCAAAGGUGGAUGAUCUCCGAGGAAGUCCUAUGGCAGUCGGAACGAUGGAAGAAAUUAUCGACGACGACCAUGCUAUCAUUAGCACUGCGUCUGGCCCCGAAUUUUACGUGUCUAUAAUGUCUUACGUCGAUAAAGAUCUUCUAGAGCCUGGCUGCCAAGUCUUACUCCAUCACAAGACACAAUCUAUCGUCGGUGUUCUGCAGGAUGACGCAGACCCCAUGGUCAGCGUAAUGAAGCUCGACAAGGCACCGACCGAGAGUUAUGCUGAUAUCGGUGGACUGGAAACUCAGAUACAGGAAAUCAAAGAAUCUGUAGAGCUACCUCUAACGCAUCCCGAGUUGUAUGAGGAAAUGGGAAUCAAACCUCCCAAAGGUGUUAUUCUCUACGGAGUUCCCGGUACUGGAAAAACUCUUCUUGCCAAAGCCGUCGCCAAUCAAACAUCUGCUACCUUCCUACGUAUCGUCGGAUCUGAGCUCAUCCAGAAAUACCUUGGAGAUGGUCCCAAACUUGUACGCGAGCUGUUCCGUGUGGCGGAGGAACACGCACCAAGUAUUAUCUUCAUAGAUGAAAUCGACGCGGUAGGAACGAAACGUUACGACUCUACAUCUGGUGGAGAACGUGAAAUCCAACGGACCAUGUUGGAGCUUCUAAAUCAGCUAGAUGGAUUCGAUACGCGUGGAGAUGUGAAGGUCAUCAUGGCUACAAAUAGGAUUGAAACGUUGGAUCCUGCUCUUAUUCGCCCUGGACGUAUUGACCGUAAGAUCGAAUUUCCUCUGCCCGACGUGAAGACCAAGAGACAUAUCUUCAAGCUUCAUACUUCGCGUAUGAGUCUGGCCGAGGACGUGGAUCUUGAGGAGUUCGUCAUGACCAAGGAUGACUUGUCCGGUGCAGAUAUCAAAGCGGUAUGCACAGAGGCCGGACUACUUGCGUUGAGAGAAAGACGGAUGAGAGUCACGAAGGCCGACUUCAGUUCCGCGAGAGAAAAGGUACUAUACAGGAAGAACGAAGGUACUCCGGAAGGGCUUUACCUGUAAUGAUGGUUGUUAUCGAGCCGCUAUCUCGCUUUUUCGCUUCUGUACGAUAUAGAAAUCAUCAUACGAUAACAUUAGCGCUACCAACCCAUAGGUGCUUCCACUACUGUUGUUGCUGUUGUCUAUUUCGGCACAGUUCAGUGUAGACGAUCC